AUGGAAGAACCUAAAGAAUUUGGCACUGAACGUAUCGAGAAGGCCAUUGUGCUUGACGAAACGAUCGAUGUCGCCCUAGACAGGCGUGUAAAUCGUAAAUUCGACACCCAUAUCUUACCUUGGUUAUUCGGAAUUUGGCUCUUCUCAUUCAUAGACCGCAGCAAUAUCGGUAACGCUCGUAUAGCAGGCCUGUCAGACGAGCUAUCUAUCACAACCGGCACGCGGUUCAACAUUGCGCUUCUAGUCUUCUACAUCCCGUAUAUCCUCGUUGAUGUACCUUCGAACCUUCUUGUCAAGCGCCUACGUGCCGGCAUAUACUUACCGGCUCUUAUAACUGCAUGGGGUUUAGUGUGCACAUUCAUGGGCUUCGUCCAGUCUUUCGCCGGGCUGGUCGCAUGUAGGCUGUUGCUAGGACUAUGUGAGGGUGGUAUCCUUGGUGGCGUGAUAAUCUAUCUUGCCAUGUUCUAUAGGAGAGGAGAGAUGUUGUUGAGAAGCGGGUUGUUCUACUGCGCUGCGCCACUAUCUGGGGCCUUUGGUGGACUGUUAGCUUCAGGAUUGGCUACCAUUGAAGUUGGGCAGUAUCGAAGGUGGCCCUGGAUUUUCUUUGUCGAGGGUGCAAUAACUGUUGUCUUCGGCAUCAUCUGCUUCUUCUUCAUGCCCGACACGCCUGCGGCAGCAGGUUUUUUAAGCGACGAAGAGAAAGAAUGGGCAUUACGACGCAUGAGACUUGACGCGGGAGGGUCUACUGAAGUCGAUGUGGAAGAUGAGAAGUUUAGCUGGUAUUGGGUAAGGAUGGCACUGAAAGCCCCACAGACCUAUCUUUCUGCUUUCAUCUGGUUCUUUUUAUUGGUACCGCUAUACGUACGUCUUCUCGACUUCCAUAGUUUUUCAUUGUUCCUACCUAGCAUCAUCGCAGGAAUGGGCUAUCGAAGCACUACUGCGCAGCUUUUCACGGUGCCCCCCAACAUGGCUGCCUUCAUCACCGUCAUUGGCACGGCGUAUGCCUCGGACAAACUAAAGAACCGGGGCUACUUUAUCAUCGGAGGAUGCGUUUUGGGAAUAUGCGGUUACGUGAUGUUGAUAGUAGCGACGACCAAUGCCGUACGAUAUGCCGGCACGUUCCUAGUUGCCAUCGGUGUCUUCCAAGGCUCACCCAUGCUCAUGGGAUGGGCGUCCAAUAACCUUGCGCCUCACUAUGUCCGAGCAGUCGGAAUUGGUAUGGUGAUUUCCAUUGCUAAUUGUUCGGCCUUUAUCGGUACAUUCAUCUAUCUCCAACGCGAUGCGCCGAGGUAUGUUUUGGGCCAUUCGGUUAGCCUUGGUGCAUUAGUGAUAACGAUCGUACUCUCUGCUGCCCAGUGUGUGUACUUGGGUUGGGAAAACAAGAAGCGAGACAGGGGUGAGCGAGAUGAUAGACUUCUGCAAGCGGAUGCGGAUAGACUCGGCCAUCAGCAUCCGAGUUUCAGAUUCACAUUGUAG